AUGGAGAACGGCACCACCCCGGUAACAGGCCUGCCAGACCUCGAAGCCCACCUAGACGCCCUCCUCCAGGACCCGGCCCUCGCCGCCGACGCAAAGCUCUUCGACCACGUCGAGCUGCAGCUGACCGAGGCCAACAUCCCGCCCCUCAUCCCGGCCCUGCUCCCCAAGAUCACAGGCGUCCUCAAGCAGUACGCCCAGGACCCGCAGGCCCUGGCCUCCCUGGCGAUCAAGCUCCUGGGCCCCGUCUCCUUCACCCAGGUCAUGGCCCUCGCCUCCGUCGAGUCGCUCGUCCAGGCCCUGCGGUCCCCGGCCCCCUCGGCCAACAUCCUCGCCAUGACCGUCCUGCACAAGGCCGCCGCGAGCCCCUCGGACGCCGCCAUCCUCUCCAGCAUGGCCGAACUCGUCGCUGCCUUCCUGACGCGAUGGCUCGCCGCCCCGCAGGUCGAGGUCGGCGAGAAGGGCAGCCGCGUCCUCGGCGACCUGCUCGACGUUGACUGCCCCCUGCCCCCGCCGCCCGUCGCCAUGACCAACGGCGACGCCGGGUCGGCCUCGGCGCACAUGCAGCUCGUCCUCCGCAAGGCGCCCGGCCAGGGCAUGCUCUGGCGCCGCAUCUUCCAGGACCGCCAGGUCUACGCCCUGAUCCCCUCGCUCUGCACGGGCCGGCACCCCGAGGUCUCGAGCAGCGCGCACCAAGCCACCCUGGCCCAGGGCCGCCUGCUGCGCGUCCUGCCGCGCCUCGCCGCCCUCGACUUUGCCGCUGUCGGCCGGCCGUCCCCCGUCGAGGCCGCCGCGGACAGCAGUCUGCUGCAUUUCGGCGCCCUGCAGAUGGUCGACAAGAGCGACAUGCUCAUGCACCUCAGCCUCGUCGACUUUUACGAGACGCUCGUCAGCGUCUUGAGAGUCACCGAUCGCACCCCGGCCAAGGUGGAGGCGCUCAGGGCGUUGCUCAGGGACGCUCUGCGGGAGGACGAGGUGUUGAAGGAGGCAUUGUCGUCCUUGCCAGAGAGGACGGUGCCGGAGGAGGCGGAUGCGCUGAGGGCUUGGCUGAGCGAUAUCAUGCCCGGAGUCGCCAUACGGGUGGGUGGCUGGACAGGCUGA